GCACUAUUGCAUUUGCAGCAACUCUUAGGAAAAAACAAAUUUUAACAGCUGAUUAAAUGUUACUACUACCUUUCACUAAUCCCUUCCCAUGUAGCGAGGUGUACUAGUAUAUUUAUGCUGCUGCUGCUGCAAAAACAAUCAUGAUGAUUAUCCUGUUGCUGUAACUUUCUUUUCUUGUUGGGGUUUGUGUUACUGUCUUGAGCAGUUUUCUUAAUUGUCCUCCACCCACCACCCUCUCCAUCUGCCUCACCCCCUCAAGAGAGAUCAAGAAAGAAAGAGAGGAGGCAAGGGGGUCAGGUCACCAGCUUGGAUGUAUUUAGUAGGGGUCAUUUUCUGAGUUGCAUUUGUUGUUGGGACCUUUUCUGGGGGGUUAUUAAGAGGAGUGUUUGUUGAACUGGUCAGCUAUAUUUGUUUUUUCCUAGUUAUGGUUUUGUAGUUUUCCUCAGAGUUUCUUUCUCUCCUGGCACUGAAUGAGAUGGGCACUUGUUCUUCGCUAAGGAGGAAUAAUAGGAGAGAGUUUUCGGCAGCUCUUGUUCUUGAUCCUUUUCUUCUGCUGCUGCUCCUCUUCUUCUUCCAGCUUGUCUUUUUCUCCCAAAGGUCUCUGGCUGAUAAUUCAGCUAGCUUGAAUGUGACAAAAUAUAGACAAGUCAGUAGCUUGAGAUUGGCUAGGAUUGAAAGGCAUUUGAAGAAGAUCAACAAGCCUGCCGUCUACACCAUCGAGAGCCCAGAUGGUGAUAUCAUCGAUUGUGUUCAUAAGAGAAAACAGCCAGCUCUAGAUCAUCCACUUCUCAAGAAUCACAAGAUCCAGAGAGUUCCACCAGAAAUGCCUAAGGCGAAAAUGAUGAAAACAGAUGGGGUGAGAGACACAAAUACUAGUAGUAGUGGUACAAGAGGGCGAGCUUGGCAAUAUUGGCAUCAUAGUGGACAAAGAUGCCCCAAAGGAACUGUUCCAAUUAGGCGGAGCUCGGUGAAUGAUGUGCUGAGAGCCAAAUCUUUGUAUGAUUUUGGGAAGAAACAACGUAAGAUGUCACUCGCUAGGCAAGUUGAUGCCCCAGAUGUUGUGAGUGGCAAUGGCCACGAGCACGCAAUAGCAUACACCGGAACGUCUCAAGAGGUGUACGGAGCAAAAGCGACAAUAAACGUGUGGGACCCGACAAUCGAAGUGGUCAACGAGUUCAGUCUAUCCCAGAUUUGGGUGCUUUCUGGAUCUUUCGACGGCUCAGAUCUCAACAGCAUAGAAGCCGGCUGGCAGGUUAGUCCGGAGCUUUAUGGUGACAGCAGGCCCAGAUUAUUCACUUAUUGGACGAGUGAUGCAUACCAGGCAACCGGAUGCUACAACCUUCUCUGCUCAGGAUUUGUGCAGACAAAUAGUAGGAUUGCCAUUGGUGCUGCCAUUUCUCCUAUCUCCUUAGCUAAUGCCAAUCAAUAUGACAUCACUAUACUCAUUUGGAAGGACCCAAAGCUAGGGAAUUGGUGGAUGGGUUUUGGUGACAACACAUUGGUAGGUUACUGGCCAACUGAACUAUUCACACACUUAGCAGACAGGGCGACCAUGGUGGAGUGGGGAGGUGAGGUGGUCAAUUCAAGGCCAAAUGGAGAACACACAUCCACCCAAAUGGGCUCGGGUCAUUUUGCAGAUGAAGGUUUUGGGAAAGCAAGUUAUUUUCGAAACCUGGAGGUUGUGGAUUCAGACAACAGUCUGAGCUCAGCCCAAGCCAUUUCAACACUGGCUGAGAAUAGCAACUGCUACAAUAUCAGGAGCUCCAACAACAACGAAUGGGGCACUAAUUUUUACUAUGGAGGCCCGGGGAGAAAUUCUCUGUGUUAUUGAUGGAUCAUCAUCAAUUUCAGCAAAUUAAAAGUCCAUAUCAGCCAAUAUUAUUUUUUUUUAUAUAUAUAUAAUAGGUCGUAGAAUCAGCAAUUAUGCUAUUUCCAACCAUGUUUCUGCUAGCUAUUCAAUAUUAUUUUUGUCUGUUGUGUUUUUGUCUUAUGUUUUGAGAGAAAUGUACGUAUUAAAUAAGACAAAAGCAUUAAACAUGCAAGGAAAUAGCAUUAUUCUGUUAGAGAUUUCUGUAA